AUGUCGCGGAAUGUUGGCACCGAGGAGGAGUGGGAGGACUGCGAAGGCGUAGAGGAAGAUGAAGAAGAAGAAGACACGACUAUCAACAACUCUGACGUGGUGAUGCGCUACAAGAAGGCGGCUUCGUGGUGUAAUGAGACGCUGCAGCAGCUGCUUGAAUCCAUCAAACCUGGUGUGACUGUGUGUGAACUCUGUAAGCUGGGCGACGACAUCAUCGCUAAGAAGCUAAAGACGAUGUUUAAGGGCACGGAGAAGGGCGUAGCUUUCCCCACAUGCAUUUCUGUGAACAACUGCGUCGCGCACAACAGCCCUGCGCCUGGCGAUGAGACGGCAUCGCAAGAGAUCAAGCUCGGUGACGUGGUGCACAUUGACCUCGGCAUCCAUGUUGAUGGCUACUGUGCGCAGGUGGCGCACACGGUGCAGGUGACAGAGAACAACGAGCUUGGUGUUGACGAGAAGGCCGCGAAGGUGCUAGCCGCUACGCACAGCAUCCUCAACACCGCCAUGCGCAAGAUGCGACCGGGCGUCAACGUGUACGAGGUGACAGAGGUCAUUGAAAAGGCCGCCGCCCACUACGGCGUGACCCCCGUCGAUGGUGUCCUCUCGCACAUGGUGAAGCGCUACAUUGUGGACGGCUUCCGCUGCAUCCCGCAGCGCAAGGUCGCGGAGCACCUCGUGCACGACUACACGCUCGAGGCGGGGCAGGUGUGGACGCUCGACAUCGUCAUGAGCUCCGGCAAGGGCAAGCUGAAGGAGCGUGACGCGCGCCCGAACGUAUACAAGGUGGCGCUGGACUCUACUUAUACCAUGAAGAUGGAGUCGGCGCGCGAACUGCAACGCGAGAUUGAGGCCAAGUACCAGACAUUCCCCUUCGCGCUGCGCCAAUUGGAGACGAAGAAGGCGCGGCUAGGGCUCACAGAGAUGGUGAAGCACAACGCGGUUGUGCCCUACCCCGUUCUCUAUGAGAAGGAGGGUGAGGUCGUUGGCCACUUCAAAAUGACGCUGCUCAUUACCAACAAGAGGAUUGAGCCGGUGACCGGCAUUAAGCUGCAGAAGGCGCCGGCGCUGCCACCCUUCACUGAUGAGCUGCUGCUGGCGACGAGCAAAUUACCUCUUUCACUGGAGGAGAAGAAACGCAAGAACUAG